GAAAAUGAUCACAACACAUUUCAUACUCAACUCAUUAAACCAAUCCUAAGACCUCUUCAAAUCUUUCUCCUCCACAAACUCCUCCUCCUCCCCUCUUUUACAAUUUCUUACACAUUCAACCUCUACACACACCAUCUCUCUCUCUCUCUCUCUCUCUCUCUCUCCAUAUAUAAUCACACACAACCAUUGCAUUUUCAAGUUGACAAUUCAACUGAGUUGCUGCAGAGGCCGAGUUCCACCCAAAUGACUCGGCGAUGCUCCCAUUGCAGCAACAAUGGCCACAACUCAAGAACCUGCCCCACCAGACCAGGUGGGCCCACAGCCCCUGGAGUGAGGCUGUUUGGGGUCAGGCUCACAGAUGGGUCAAUCAUCAAGAAGAGUGCUAGUAUGGGCAAUCUUUCAGCUUUUUCUGCUGUUUCUCCAAACCCUCCUGGCUCUCCUUGUGAUGCUCUUCUUGACCCGACCCAUGUGCCUGAUGAGUACUUGUCUGAUGACCCGGCUCAUGCUUCUUGCUCCACUAAUCGCCGUGUCGAACGCAAGAAAGGCACUCCAUGGACAGAAGAGGAGCACAGGAUGUUCCUUCUUGGUCUCCAGAAAUUAGGGAAAGGAGACUGGCGGGGCAUAUCACGCAAUUUCGUAAUUUCGAGGACUCCGACACAAGUAGCAAGCCAUGCUCAAAAGUACUUCAUUCGUCAGACCAAUUCGACUCGGAGAAAGAGAAGAUCGAGCCUUUUUGACAUGGUGACAGAUACACCACCUGUGGUGGAAGAGCAGUUCAUGCUACCUCCCCAAGCAGUAGAAACUGAUAAAAAGAGCUCACUGCCUUCGCUGGUUCUCACACCGCCUGUGGUGGAAGAACAGUUCAUGCUACCUCCCCAAGCAAUAGAAAACGAUAAAAAGAACUCACUGCCUUCGCUGGGUCUCUCUCUCAAAACAGAUUAUGGAUCUACUGAAGAUACUCAUAUGGAAGACCCUCGGGCAGAAAUGGUUGAAGAUAUCAAAGAAAGUGUUACAACUCAAGCAGAAGCUGAGAUUCAACAGGUAAUUCCGUCGUUUUACCCAGCUUAUAUACCUGUUACAUUUCAAUUGUGGCCAUCAAGUGCAUCUAUCCUCGAAGAAGAGAAAGGAACAGAGGCAUCUCAUCACGAGGUCCUCAAGCCAAUUGCUGUGCUUCGAAAAGAACCUGUUAAUGUAGAUGAACUAGUGGGAAUGUCCCAAUUAAGUAUUGGAGAAACUGACACAAGCCGUAUGGAGCCUUCAGCUCUUACCUUAAAGCUAUUAGGCGAACCAUCAAGGCAAUCAGCUUUUCAUCCCAGCACUCCAGUUUCUGCUUCAGAUGUAAGUAAGGGAAAUGGUAGUAGCGUAAUUCAAGCAGUUUGAAUGGAGUUAAAACUAUAAACUUCAGUUCGGGCUAAGGUCAGUACUAUAUCUGUAUAAAUGUGUUGUUCAGUUAUAUGUUUAUGUAACUUAAAGACUCAAACACUUGCUAGGUAGCAGUAUAUAACGUAAAACUUCAUUCUUUUAUUAUUUAA